AUUCCGAAGACCGCCGGGAAUUAACGAAAGCCGCGGUGCCUGCUGGGAAACUACAAACUCGUCAAACCGCCAUCUUUCUUUACAGAGAGUUAGUGGGGCAAAUAACAACCAGCUUUGAAUGAUUAUUUCUCCAUAAUAGAGUAAUUGAGGCAAGUCUACUAGGUCAGAUAUUGUAAAUAAUAAGUUUAAAAAGGAGCAGGUGGAAAGGCAUUCUAGAUAUUACACACAUAUCAGACACAAGGCGCUCGACUAGUGGAGGUGGUCAACAUGGGCCGAUCCCGGAGCCGCAGCUCGUCCCGCUCCAAACACUCCAAAAGCAGCAAGCACAGCAAGAAACGGAGCCGGUCGCGGUCCCGGUCCAGAGACAGAGAGAGGUCCAAGAAGCGGUCCAAGUCCCGGGAAUCGAAAAGGAACCGACGCAGAGAAUCUCGUUCUCGGUCCCGGUCUACCACAGCCUCGUCCCGCAGAGAGAGAGCUGCCUCGCCGCCGGAGCGCAUCGACAUCUUCGGCAGGACGCUGAGCAAGAGGAACGCUCUGGACGAGAAGCAGAGGAAGGAGGAGGAGGAGAGGAGGGCAGAGAUGGAGAGACAGAGGAAGAUCAGGCAGCAGGAGAUCGAGGAGAAGCUGAUCGAAGAGGAGACUGCACGACGAGUGGAGGAACUGGUGGCCAAGCGGGUGGAGGAGGAGCUGGAGAAGAGGAAAGAUGAAAUAGAACGGGAGGUGCUGCGGCGUGUUGAGGAGGCAAAGCGCAUCAUGGAGCGGCAGCUGCUGGAGGAGCUGGAGAGACAACGGCAGGCAGAGUUGGCAGCGCAGAAGGCCAGAGAGGAGGAAGAAAAAUCUAAGCGGGAGGAGCUGGAAAAAAUCCUGGAGGAGAAUAACCGCAAGAUCGCCGACGCUCAGGCCAAGCUGGCUGAGGAACAGUUGCGUAUUGUAGAGGAGCAGAGAAAGAUUCACGAGGAGCGCAUGAAGCUGGAGCAGGACCGUCAGAGGCAGCAAAAGGAGGAGCAGAAAAUCAUCCUCGGCAAGGGCAAAUCCAGGCCCAAGCUCUCCUUCUCCCUCAAGGCCACCGAAUGAGACUGCUCCCCCUUCGUCCACGUCAUGCCCUGCCUUCAUCCCCAUCCAGCUCUCCCUCCUCAGCAUUUGACCCCACCCCUCCUCCUCCUCUGUGGAACGCUCGCUUCGUUUUGGAAGUGCUAAAGGAAGGCUGAGGAAAGGGGUGCGACCCGGUGUAUUAACUUGCUCGUCCCUGUGAAAGGCCCACGUUGUCCUUCCCAGCCUGGAAGAGGAGGCAGCUCUUCGCCCUCGAAGGACCUGGCUGCUUCCUCCAUCCUCCUUCAUCCCCACCGCACAGAUGACUCUUGUUUGUGCUUUUUUUCCCCCCUGUUUUAAUUUUUAGGGAACUUGAACUUUUGAUGUAGAAUGCUAUAACAUGUCCCUUGCCCCAUAAGUCUUAACUCUGGUGUAACAGCGAGAAACUGUGCGCCUGUGCUCUUCUUACAUGUCUUCACAGCCAGCAAACUACAAUAGAAAGCCAGUUCCUGAUGUAGAAGAGUGUGUGUGACUUUGUCUAGUUCAGUCUACUGUAAAAACUCGUGCGCAGCUUGGGAGUUGGCCUGUGGUUUUCCUGUUUUUUUUUUGGUUCCUAAAGUGGCUGAUGCAGUGGUAACAAAUCACAGCACAGCCUUUAAAAGCACAGUUAACUUCCCGUCCAGCUGACAGGUUUGUGUCUUCCACCUACCUUACUUCCUUUGCCUAUAACCUCUGUUCACCAUAUAAUUCUACAGCUUUUUUUCUGCUUCAGCUCUGUCUGCCAUGUAUAUAUAUUUUUUUCUAAAUGACAGCAGCAUGUUGACCGGGGAGCAAAGGUUGAGCGUGUGUUAUAUUUGAAGUAGCUGCAGUGCAGGUGAAUUCAGCCUCGACUCUCAAGCUGCCCAUGACUGAACCACAAACCUACAACAGGAUACGUGUCUCGUCUAUGAUAAGGGGGCCUAUGGGUAAUGGAGGAGAGGACAUUUCCUGUAUGAUGUAAUUUUAUUAGCCUUGCUGUGAUGUGCUGACUCCCACUGCUCCUCCUCCUCCCCCCCUAGUUUAAGAUUGAGUUAUAAAAUUGAGCCACAAUUGGGAAAACAAAAAGUCACAGUGAUGAGUUUUGUUUUAUCAGACUCUUUGGGAAACCAGUGAAUUGUACGGAAACGGUUGAGCAUACAGUCCGUGUUCUGUCCCUGAGAUUUGUUGUAGUUAAUUAAUAAGGCAUCUCACUUGGUAAGUCUUGAUUCGUGUAGGAUGGACAAGUUCAGGUAAGAUAAGGUUUGAGGUCUGCUGCCGUAUGAGUGUGUGAGUGAAUGUGUUUCUGUGUGGGGUUGUGACUGACAUGCAGCCUGACCUCAGGUGGGUAUGAUGACUUUUUGUUAUGUAGUGAGAUUUUGAAUUUGUCAUGUAAUUUCGCCCAAUUGUCAAGGAACUGAACAGUUCAAUAAACCCAUUGAAUGCC